UUCUAGAUGUCUAAAGUUCUUGGGCCGGUGAGCCUGUGAGUGUAGGCCUUUGGAUUGUCACUGAAUACCCUUAUAGUCUCCCAUACAUGGGCGAGGGCUCCGCCUUUCUCCUACGGUUUCCGAUUUCUUCGACAACAAUGAGGCAGGCCUAUCAACUGCAGUAGCUAUGUCGGGCACGACUCUUUAUGCAUCCAAAGAGCCUUCUUUGCGUGCGCCAUGACAUUUUUCGCAUUCGUCCAUUCUGAUCAUUCCAUAUGAAUAGAUGGCAAUGCACAGUGGGGUCUUUAUCAGAUGAAAGAAAAUCUUGUCGCAACAAGCGCUACAACCUAUCAAUUCCAGGAAGAACUCGAUGAAGCAGAUGAGAUUGCGAUUCCCGGCGAAACAGAGCCUGAUUCCGAUACUGACGAAAGCGGCAACGACAUACCGGUCCGAAUCCUGGACGACUUUGUUAUAUAUGACGAUCAGCAGAACAUUGUCUAUAUUGAAGAACUUAAUACGCUUAAUGUUCCAAAGGGUGGGAGAAAAGGCAAGAACAAAGCAAGGCGAACAUUCCAUGCCAGCGGGAUUGUCAGAGCCAAAGAAGUUGAGGGUCUUGAAGACGAAUUUGUCCAAGUUCCUUCCGACCCAGAUGAGGGAGAGUCGAGUAUGCGUUUGAGAUUAGGAUGUAUUGUAGACUUCAACAUCCAUUUCUAUUCCGAUGAGAUGCGACAACUCGAUGGAAAUAUAUACAUUUGUACGGACAUAGCAUGGUAUAUCCUGCAUGUACCUUCCGACACUUAUGCGCCUUUUUUCCACCCCUUUUUCCUCAAACAUCGCAUCGCUCAUCUAGUUGUUUCUCGUGCACUUCAAGAUAGAACUGCCAGUUACGAUGACUUCGUGACUUCAUUGGAGGACAUACAUGAAAGCACGAACUAUAUUUCCUCUCAUGCUAUUAUUGGCCGUGGCAUAGAUGUUGGUGAUGUCGUCUCUGAUGACACGAUCGCAUAUUUACUCGCUAAGCUCCCCGAUAUAUGUACAAAUGUUGACGAACGCCUCAAAAGAGUGCCCCUCAUCAGGCAUUUCUUUGAUGCUGUGGGCAUGAAUCUGGAGCUUUUUGAUGACGGAGACUCAUCAUACACAUCCUCCGACACACCUUCUGAUACAAUAUCUGAAUCUCACAGUGAUAGAGCCACAACACCCUCAUCGACAGCAUCCCGAGCAUCCCCGAGGCCUAAUGUGAAGAAGAAAACACACGUACAACAUCUCCCAAAGCACAAAAUGCCUUCAAACAAGGAGAAAGCAGUUCUUCUACGAAGAGCAAUAACGGUCGUCACCCCCAUCGUGGGCUCUAUUGCCGAAAAGCUUUACCGAAACAGAUUGGAGGUUGCGGGGAUGCUGGAGAAGGAUGAUAUGCCACUCAAGGAAGUCGAAGAGAAUGUUAAAUCUCACUACGAUAACCCUGAAAGUAUUAUAUGGGGAGAGAGAAUUGCUAAAUAUCAUUAUGCUACUGUAAACCUUGAUGGUAUGGAUUAUCAGGCAGGAGACGUUGUGAUGGUCAUGCCCUCAAACGACUCAUCCUCUAACACAAAGUCCAGUACUGAUUAUGAGCAAAGUAUGAGCAGUGAUGAUGACGAAUCAUCUAUCUCAAGUGAGAAAGGGACUGAGGACGAUAAACCUCUCCGUCCAUUAUCAAAGAAUAUCUUUGGAAACCGAUACUGGUUCUGUCGUAUUUGCUAUUUCUUCUAUGAUGUGGAGGAUAAUAUCAAGAAGUUCCACGGGCAUUGGUUUGAGCACGGCAGCAGAACGUUGAUGAAGGAAGUGGCUCAUUCGAAGGCCCUUUUUCAGAUGAAAACCUGCGAUGCCAGUCCUAUUGCGUCCAUCAUCCGAAAAGUGGAUGUCAAAAUGCUAGGAGAGCGUGACAAUGAAUACCUCGACGACGGCGAUCCCGAGUCCACGGAUUAUUUUUGCAGUCUUGUCUGGGACGACAAAGAGCAUGAAUUCACGGAUCUUCCGUCUGUAGAGGAAGUUCUUGAGGCAACUUCAUAUCAGCCACCACAGCUCAAAUGCUAUCCAUGCGCGCUUAAGGCCCGAGAAGAGGCUCUUGGAACGGCUAGCUCCACCAAAGGGGGUGUCACCCAUUAUGGGAUAGACUACCACGUUCACGACUGUGUCUAUGUCCGCAAUUCCGACCCCGACGUCCUACUCUUGGAUAUUGUACAAGUACGUUCUAUCAAUGUCGGUAAGGAAGAAGUACAGGUGGUAUAUCUUGAUCGCUACGACGACCACGAGUCUAGGCAAGGAUGUGAUCAAGAGGAGCGUCGGCUGUUCAUGAGCCAGAGGACAGAAUCUGUAGCCAUUAAACGAUUGCAAGGUCUUUGUUUUGUCAAGCACCUGGUUGAUCAGGCGGCCAUCAGAUCGUGGAUCAAACACGGUGACCACUUUUACUUGAGCCAAGUCGAAGAUCCUGAGGGAGGGUUUAUACCCCUUUCGAUGAAAUCGUGGAAGAGAUGCAAAUAUGGCUGUUUUGACGGCCACGAGGAAGAGCUCCGUGACGGGCGACGACUACGGGAUCGGAACUCUCCAUUACGUGGUUUGGAACUCUUCAGUGGCGCUGGUGGUCUAGGUACGGGUAUGAUGUUUUCCGAUUUCGUUGAAACGAAGUGGGCUGUCGAGUUUUCCCCAUCAGCUGCCCAGACAUACAGGCGUAAUCAUCCUGAUACUAUUGUUUACGACCAGGAUGCCAGCAUCCUUUUGGAUCAUGCUGUGCAAACCGAAGGUGGCAAGUAUCCUCGUAAACUGAAAUCUCACGAUGGAACGUACUUGGAGAACAUGCCGAAGAAAGGCGACGUUGAUCUUAUCUACGGAGGACCGCCAUGCCAGUCCUUUAGUAAAGCGAACCACAACCCAAAACCGGACGAUAUCAGAUCAACGUUGCCGAUGGUUAUGCUGGCCUAUACCGAAUGGUACGAACCUAGAUAUUUUCUUUUGGAAAAUGUCGUGGGCAUGUUGACCGCUCGUUUGGGAGCCAAAUCUGCCUCACACGGUCGCUCUCUCGUCGGCGGGAUGGAAAUGGGGGUAAUCAAGCUCAUCCUGAGGAUUCUGACAUCGUUGGGGUAUCAGGUUCGCUUGAAGGUUCUUCAAGCCGGCGCAUACGGUGCUCCUCAACAACGCAACCGGAUUCUCAUCUGGGGAGCCCGACGAGGGUGGCCCUUACCUGAAUUUCCUAUUCCGACCCAUGCUUUCCAACGGCUGGCAUCGAGAUGGAAAUUACCUAGUUUCGAAGGUGAAGUAUUGUCUCGUGCAACAAGGUCUCGAGAUCCUGGAGACGACCAUCAAUGCGCGCCUCUGAAACCAGUGACCAUCGAUGAUGCUAUCGGGGACCUUCCUCCCUGGGACUGGGUCAACCCGCACAAGAUUAUCCCUUCGAGCAGUCACACAAGGAAAGAGGCUCAGCGUAGGAUUGAUGACGGGAUCAAGCAGUAUUUGGCCGCCACGGGUGUUGCUCACAGAAGACCAGGCAUUGAUAAGGCUGAAUAUAUAUUCUUGCCAAAAAACGCAUAUCAACGGUGGAUGCGCCAAGCCAACAUGUCGACAGUCAACGACCAUCACACCAAGACCUUCACUGAGCCCGUCGUGGAGGCAUCCACAUCUGUUCCACUGAAACCGAAUGCAAACCAGAAAGAUCUAGAUCCUCGUCUGUGUUCGAAGCAUAUGAUAAAUGCAAAAUCAGUAUAUUACGGUAGACUCGAUGGAAACGGAUACUUCCGCACUGCAAUGACCCUAGUAUCACCUAACAGCAAACAUAGCGUAUUGCUACAUCCUCAUCAAAGAAGAAUUAUCAGUGUGCGAGAGGCUGCAAGAGCCCAAGGAUUCCCCGAUGACUACACAUUUUGUUCAAUCAACAAAACAGAUUCGCAAAGCAUGAUUGAUGAUCAAUAUCGCCAAAUCGGAAACGCGGUGCCCGUGCCUUUGGCACUGGCGCUAGGCAAGUCACUUGGGGCUGCGCUCCUCAAAACUUGGAAGCAGAAAGAUAGAGAGGGAAGUCCGUCGGUUUGAUCUAUUCGCAUCCUAAAUAUACCUGGUUUCUCGUUUUCAAUUGGACUCGAGUUAGUUAAUAGUUAGUACAGACUUACUCGAAGUAGAUAUGAUACCCAGUGGAUCAUGGCUCUGGACGCUUGUUACUUUCUGGACUUACUCAUACAAUAUCAUAGUAUCCUGUAGAAUAGCCAAUCAAAUUCCUAUAAAGGUUUUCUUAUUUCA